AUGCUGUUUUUAAUAGUUAUUUACAUUUUUUUUUGUCUAUUAAUUUGGCAUCAGUUACGCAUUACUUACAAAUAUAAAAACAAAUGUAUAAAUGAUAUAGAAAGUAUUAAUAGUAGGUUUUUCCUAUUUUUAUUUCUUAUUUUGUCUAAUUUUUUUCGCUUAAUAUUCUUUUUAUAUAUUUAUUUUUUUUACUAUUAUGAUUACGUCCUUAUAAUUGAUUUACACAAACCCAUAUCUCAUGAUAUAAAAUUAUUCGAUUCUUUCGCUAAAAGUAAUUUGCAUAACAAGGAUUUUGCAAAUAACUUAUUUAUAAAUAACAUUCAUAAUAAUAAAAAUUUGUUAAAAUUUCUUAAAAAAGAAAAUUAUUUCAAUAUUAAAAAUGUAGAAAAAGAUUGUCUAAAUUUAGUAAAUGAUAUUGAAAAAGAGAAUAAAGAAAUGUUUGAUAUAAUUUUAAAUGAAAAAAAAAAUAUAAACACUAAUGAUAAACCAUAUAAAAAAAAUAAUGACCAUAAUUUUCUACGAAAAAUGCAAAAUACAGAAAUUAAUGAUUUAAACGAACUAUUAGAAGAAAAAGAAAUUUAUCAGUUGGUCAGAGAUAACAAUAACAUGUAUAGCGAAAACAUCUACAAAGAAAAAAAUUCUAACUUAGGAAAUGAAUAUAAUCUAUUUAAAAAUAAAGACCUAAAUGAAAAUCAAAUAAAAAAGAAUAAAUUAAAUAUAAAAUAUAUCCCAGCUGAUUCAUCAAAAAAAAACGGAAACAGCUUAGAUGAUUUUAUAAACAAAAAUUUAAAUGAAAUUAAUUGGGAUCAUCAUAUGGAAAAUGAACGUUUUCAAUAUGAUAAUUCUCUUAUAGGAAAUAAAUAUAUGAAAAAUAGUUUACUUAAACAUCCUAGUUUUGGAAAUAUGAAUAAAUUAAUCAAAAAUGCAUUUGAAAUAAGUGAAGAAAAAAAAAAUAGUGAAAUAAAUAAUAAAGAAAAUAAUAAAAUAUAUAGUAAAAUAAAUAAUGGUAUUAUUACCGAAAAAAAAAUAAAUAAAGAAAAUAGUACUUUUGAUGAUUUAAAAAUUAACGAAGAUAACACAUAUAAUGAACCUCUGAAUAAAAAAAGUAAUAUCAUAAACAUAAAUGAAAAUAAGAAUUGUUCAGAAAAUAAUGAAAUAAAAAAAUUUUCAGAACAAUUUGUUCAUUCUAUUGAAAAAAAUGAUAUUUAUGUGGAAGAUAAUAUUACAAAAAAAAAUAACAACAAAAUACUAAAUGGUGAAAAAAGUAAUAAUAUGAAUAUAUUAAAAAAUAAAGUAUGUAACAAUAUUAAGGAAUUAAAGGAUGAAAAUACUAAUAAGGAUAUUGUUUCAGCUUAUUCUAUUAAUUCAAUUAAAGAAAAUGGAAAUAAUAAAAGUGAACAUGAAAAUUAUAUAUUGACAGAUAUAAAUAAGAAGAAUAAGGGAAGUUCAGAUAAGAAUGAAUUAUUAAUAAGAAUUCAUAAAAGUAAUGAAAAAAAUUUGCUAUUAUGGAUUUAUUUAUUUCUAAAUUUUUUACCUAGUUUAUUUUAUAUAAACGCUUAUUCAAUAAUAUUGUCCAUAAUUAUAAAGGUUUACUAUAUUUUUAUUUUAAAAAGUGAUACAAUAUUUAAGCAAGCCUUGUUUUAUGGAAAUGUGCUUUUAUAUUUUUUGUUUAUAAGUAUAACAUGCUUCACAUUUGUUACUUCCAUAUAUCUAUAUAAAGCAUAUGUUUUGAUUUUAUUGACAAUUUAUUAUAUAAUACUAGCUAUUUUAUUAUGUUAUUUUGGUAAUAGGUUGUUAAUACAUUUAAAUUUACGAAACAAAUAUUAUGGUAUUAAAGAUAUUGAUACAUAUAUUGUUCCUCUGAGGCACAAAAAAGAUAGUAUGAAAAAAUCUAAAAAAUAUAAAUUAAAAACAACAAAUAAUAUAAAAAACUAUUUUUAUAAAAUUCAAGAAAAAAUUUUUAAUAGAAGAAUUCACGAAAAAGCUCGAAAAGAUUUAGAGUUAAACAUUUUUAUUUUAGUAUCUUUUAUUUCAUUUAUGCUUAUAUUAAAUAGUAUUUUUAACGUUUAUAUGGCUUAUCACAUUAUUAGAACAUAUAUGAAUUAUAAUUACAUUAAAAAAAUUCAUAUUUAUUUAUAUAUUUAUCUUAUAAGUGAAUUUAUUCCUAAUAUAUGCAUAUUUUUAACUUCCUGGACAAACAAAAUUGAUAAGUCACGUUUUUCUAAUAAUAGUAUAAAUUUUUUUUAUCACUUAAAUAAUACUAUAAAUAAAAAUAGAACAACUUAUGAAGAAAACUAUGAGAUCAAAAAUAUGAAACAUCUGCUUAAUGAUGAUGUUAACAAUAAUAUUUACGAAGAAUUUCACUCAAAUUAA